UCAGGAAACACUAGCAAGAGUCCCAAAAGUAGAACUUUAUCCUCCCUCCAAUGAAAAAAAAAUAAAGGCUUCUCUCUUGUUCCUUUUGCUGACCCCUCCUCGAAUGACAAGAUGACAAAGGAAGCUGAACUCAUUUCAUCAUUGGUCAGUACUGGUAUCACUUUUAACAGUUGAGAGAACUGAAUUAGAGUAUCUCUCUAGUGACCUCUCUGCCGACUGCAUAGGAGACUAGCAAAAGCAUGGUAAAGAAAUAAAGUGAAUAAUUUUAUCUCCUCACUAAACAAUUAGCCAAAACUAGCAGGGUGACUGAUGAUUGGAAUGGAGGAAUGUUGACUGCAAUUCUCUCGCUUUCCAUUCAGUAGUGGCCGAGAUGAGUUGAGACACAAAAGGCCAGUAAGCCCUUUCUUUUCAUAAUGCCUCCUCCCAGCUGAAAAAAUGUCUUGUUAAGCGGGUACAUUAAAAAUGGGGUUAUUCAUGUCUUGCUUAUAAAUGGCAUUGCUUAAGAGGCAUCCUUCACAACCUUGAAUGCUUCCUCCUUAGCCUAUUGAAAUGGCAGAGUGCAGGCACUACUAUAUCUACUUUGUGGGUCACAGGAAACAUCCCAUCCAGUCAGAAGUAAAGCCAGGGCCUUUCAUUUCUUUUCUCAUUUAUGUAAUAAGCAGAAGCCAUGCCCAGCAUGGGCAGACAAAAGUGAUCUGAACUUACAAAAUGUUAUUCUGGAAGAUAAAAAGCAUGAAAAUGAUCAAUUGCGGCGGCUCUCCUGUGAUCGUUAAAGAGCCGCCUUUGAAGUAUGCAAGCUCUGAGGGGCCAAGAGGACAAUGCCUGCUUUGACGACAGGGCAGAGUGGCAGACUUUCCCCUCUCUUCAUCUUUCUGUGUUGUCCAAGCCGAGUGACUGAAGCCACAAGUUCUCCUGCACUAAUGAAUUCAAAUGGGCAACUCCACAACUUGCCCCCCCACACAUUGUUGUAGCAAACCCUUUUUAGUUGUCUGCCUUGGCAAGUUUUACUGUGCUGGUUAUCGUCAUCUUAAUGAACUAAGCUGUAGGAGCCCCGCCCCCCUUCCAUAUAUACUUCAACGCUCUCUCAUUGUUCCACGAGGCUAACUUGCAGCCAAGAGUGUGAGAGAGAGUAAACUUCCUCUGAAGGACAGAAACAUCUGAGGAGACAGUCAGCCCACCUGCCAUUCUGCAGCAAGUGAAACUGGAAUUUUACCAAACAGAAGAGCUUCCGAACUCUUGCUGCCUGCCCCCUGCUGUGAGCCUGCCACACAAUGUCAUUGACGGUCCUCCUCCUGAUGCUGAGCAGCUGCACUGCAGCUCCACUUGUCAGAGAUGUCCACCGGCUACCCCAGAGUGCUCUCCAAGUUCUGUCUGAACGUGGCACAGUGAUUUUGGAGGCUGCUUUGGCAAAUGCUCUUUCUGCCUUGGAUCUUGCUGCUUCACAUCAUAAUCAAGGAGACACUGUAUGUCAAACCUGUGGACCAUGUAUCUUCCAAGACUGCGGACAGCAGACUACACCAUGUGCAAACCCAAAGCUGCCCUCCACAGAGCCGAGUUGCAUGGACAUAACUCAGGCUCAGUCCUACUCCGAUGCAAGGAAGCGUAACUGGGCGCUGAGCCAGGCCUGUUAUUUCUACAAGCAUCAAUGUCCAUCCGAAGGGACCACUACUGAGAGCCAGUGCUUGCGUGUGAUGGCAGAGAGCUGCAAUGCCCGUGUCCUGCAGUGCAGUUUAGUGAACGCCAUUGACAGCCUAGAGCCUGUGUCUUCUCCUAAGAACCAAGAUAUCUGUGGCCAACAGAUAAAGAGCCUGAACUUUUCGCAGCCUCGCUUCCGUAUUGUAGGUGGAUCACCUGCAACCUUAGGCAGCUGGCCAUGGUUGGUGUCUCUACAGCUGGACAAGACUCUGAUGUGUGGUGGAGUGCUGGUAGAUAGUUCUUGGGUACUGACUGCUGCUCACUGCUUCAAUGGGAAUCACAAUGAGAAUUACUGGACAGUUACUCUGGGCGAGUAUGACCUGACCAAAACUGAUCCAGAUCAGCAGGUCAUUCCAGUCAACAGAAUUAUCAUUCACCCCAAGUUCAACCAGAAAACCUUCAAUAAUGACAUUGCUUUAGUGGAGCUGACCUUCCCAGCUCGCCUGUCUGCUUAUGUGACUCCUGUGUGUCUCCCUGCUGGCAUGGAGGAGCCUGCAAUGGGCACAGAUUGCUAUAUUGCAGGAUGGGGUUCACUCUAUGAGGAUGGCCCUUCAGCUGAUGUGGUUAUGGAAGCUAAAUUGCCUACACUGCCACAGAGCACCUGCCAGAGCACCUUGAGCAAAGAGCUGAUCACAAGCACCAUGUUCUGCGCGGGCUAUCUCUCUGGAGGAAUUGAUUCAUGCCAGGGUGAUUCUGGAGGACCACUGACCUGUCAGGAUCCCAAAACUGGCCGAUUCCAGCUUUUUGGGAUCACCUCUUGGGGAGAUGGCUGUGGCGAGAAGGGGAAGCCGGGAGUGUACACACGUGUCAGUGCCUAUUCCGACUGGGUCAACUCAGAGAUCUACAAAUCCUCGACUAGUCGGGAACCCAGCUGUCCUGAACUGCUUAAAGCAGCAGCCUUUGAGAAGGAGUCAACAGGGUCAGAAUUUGCCCAUCUGUGUCGCUUCUACUCGCAGACUUGUCCACCAUCACUGGGAGCUGCUGGCUGUACUCGUCUAGCUGAGGAAAAAUGCCAUGCUCAGCACAAGAAAUGCCAGCUACGCUCAUUCCUGCAAAUGCUGCUUGAUUUGCUGCGCCGGGUGGAGCAUUUCAUACGAGAAAAGCUAGAUCUGUCAUUCUUCACUCAGACUCUUCCUCAGUUUGUGGAACAGAUCUACAGGAGUAGCCUGGUGACAAGGGAGAGAAGGAAUACAGACUCCCAGUCAGGACAGAUACCUGUAGAAGCCACCUCCAAAGCAGCUACCCCACUCUCUUUCUUCAAGAGAGUUGGAGCAAGCAUUGAAGACUGGGUGGAGUACCUUAGGGGCCUCUCACAGGAUACUGAUGAAGAGUCUGGUCCCACACCUCAUGCAGAGGAGAAGUUCUUUGUGCAGGGGGACACCCCAUUGAUGCCCAGUGUUAAAGAAGAAUACCUUUCCCUUAUUGAGACGCUGCAAUCUCGGCUUGGCUCUAGGAAUCUCAUUGCUAACCCUAUUUCAGCAGAGGUGAAGACCCACACUGCACCUACCUUGGCCUCUGUCACUUCUUUCACUGUAACCUGGCCUAUAGGGCUGCUACACAAACGAAAAGGGCAGGGCCUUAGAAAACGGCGGACUCUGAAGAACCGGGAGGUGACGCAACUCAGCACUAAUGGGUGUGCCAUGGAUAUCAAGGCUUUGCCACUCAUUGGCUCACUCAGGGACACUUACAGCUGGAUUCUGGGCAUUCCCAUGCAAGACCUGUCGAUGAACUUUCAGGAGGUUCUGGUAGACAUGAUGUCCAAGAAUGAAAGAGGACUCUAUGAGGCCCGGGUCCGUGGUACUGUGGGCGGACGAUCCGUCACUUUCUAUAGCCUGGUGGGUCUGGAAGGUGAAGCUUUCUACCGGAGUGUGCCCCGACUCCUGGCUUUGGCACUAAACACCCUCAAGACAUAAGAGAGACACCUAUGCACAAACAUGGAACGCCUUUUUUCCCAUUUUGGGACUGUAUUGAGCUUCUGGACUGGUUCAGAGGGAGUAGGGGGAAGGUAAUCUGCUUGGCAAAAGGACCCGCUUCACUAGAACGGUUGCAACAGGACAGCCAAGCUCAACAAGUCUAUGAUAGCUGCCUCCAAAAUGCCCCUUUGUGUGUCUCUCACGUUUUGGGCUUUUAAUUUGGGAAAGAGAGAGAGUCUAGACUGCUGCCCAGUCAGCUGGAGAAUCUUGAAUGAAUGACAUUACAACCAGUGAGGAAGCAGAGCUGUGAUGAGUCAGUGAUCAUAGGGGCUACCAUUAACCAGUAGCCAAAGGACUGAGGGACAUGGCAGCUAAGUUUUGCUGCAUCACCCAAGGAGCAAACAAUGAAAGAGAAUAACUGUACAAAGUCUCUUGGCUUAUUUAUUUGUAAAUAUAUUCAUGUCAGUAAUAAAAAUAACAAAUCAAACCCAAGUGCUUCCAAAAUGCAUCUUGACUGACUUGAUGGUAAGCCACCUACUCUUAAUUCAUGGAAAGUUGACCUACUUCUCCUUUGUCCUGUUUCACUCAGCUACUUCCUUGUCUUCCACUCACACUUUCUA